AAGCGCUGUGUGCUGUAGUUUCAGAGGCAGCAGCUUGUUGUUGAUAUCGCUGUUAGCCCAAUAAAACUAUAUAAAAGUAAAUAGCAAGGUCCCAGUCCUUUCUAAACAAGGUGAUUGUGUAUUACAGAAGCAGUAUACGCUUUAAGUGUAACUACCUUGUUUGAGGAAAGGCAAAAAGAGGGAGCAAGCGACAAUUAUUUCAUGAGAAUAUCCCCUGGGGAGUGUUUCUGUGGUUUUGAUGCCGUGCACCUGAGAGUGGAACUAUGCCCGCAGCCACUGUGGAUCAUAGCCAAAGAAUAUGUGAGGUUUGGGCCAGCAACCUGGAAGAGGAGCUUAAAAGAAUCCGACAGGUGAUCCGAAAGUACAGUUACAUCGCAAUGGACACUGAGUUUCCGGGCGUAGUUGCCAGACCAAUCGGAGAGUUUAGAAGUAAUGCGGACUACCAGUACCAGCUGCUACGGUGUAAUGUUGACCUGUUAAAGAUCAUCCAGCUCGGCCUUACGUUUAUGAACGAACAAGGCGAAUACCCACAAGGGACGUCAACGUGGCAGUUUAACUUCAAAUUUAACCUCACGGAAGACAUGUAUGCACAGGAUUCUAUCGAGCUUCUCACUUCAUCAGGUAUCCAGUUUAAGAAGCAUGAGGAGGAGGGUAUUGAGACGCUGUACUUUGCAGAGCUACUUAUGACCUCAGGUGUGGUGCUUUGUGACGGGGUCAAGUGGCUCUCAUUUCAUAGUGGCUAUGACUUUGGGUACCUGAUUAAAAUUUUGUCCAAUUCGAAGUUGCCAGAGGAAGAGGUGGACUUCUUCGAGAUUCUGCGGUUGUUUUUUCCCACCAUCUAUGAUGUGAAAUACCUCAUGAAGAGCUGUAAAAACCUAAAGGGGGGUCUGCAGGAGGUGGCAGAGCAGCUUGAGCUGGAGAGAAUCGGACCUCAGCAUCAGGCAGGAUCUGACUCAUUACUCACAGGAAUGGCUUUCUUCAAGAUGAGAGAGAUGUUUUUUGAAGAUCACAUUGAUGAUGCCAAGUAUUGUGGUCACUUGUAUGGACUGGGUUCAGGCUCAUCCUAUGUCCAGAAUGGCACCGGAAAUGCCUACGAGGAGGAGGCCAACAAGCAGCAGUCAUGACACAACAAGAAUCCCUCACCAUAAAGAACCUCAUAUACAGGGCUUAAAACAUGGGUUUUUAGUUGUUUUUCUUUCAUGAGAUAUUUGAUAGGAAUUUGCACUUUAAAGCUCCCAUCCUACAGAAAAAAAAACCUGUUUCCCUUUGUUGCCUUCUGUGUGUUACAUUUUUUCACACAAUCUUCAUCUUUUAUGGUUAAAGAGGAACCAUUUGGUGUUUUAGUUACCCCCACAACUCAGCCUUAAUAUUAAGCUACAUUUUAUGUUCUUUUUUUAUUGUUAAUUUAUUACAUUUGCUUUCCUCCUGCACUGUUGCGUAGUUCAUUGACUAGUUCAGCAAGACCGCGUCCACCGGUCGUCUACAAGAACUGUCGUUCCCUGAUCAGAGGAGUACUGAUUUCUCGCAGUUUGCAAUAGAUUAAGACAGAUGAAGGAUCUCACAGACACAGCGGUAAAUACAGGCACUUAAUUGUAAAGUGAAGCCUCGCACUGAUUUUACCCUUUAUGUUGGGUUAGCACCGAUUUUACCACACAAGUAAAUUAAGAGUGAUGAUGUGUAACUGCCACUAUUUAAGUGAACUGAGGUCACCUUGUACUUCUGUAUCAAGAUUGUCUUGCCAUUUUCAUUUUUAAAAGCGAUUUAAAGGUUUUGUAGUAUUUUAGUAUUAAAAAAGAUCAAAGCCUUUUAUUCAUUUAAGAAAUAAUGCCUCUUAAUAAAUCUUAGCCAACUCGAGUACUCUGUAUCAGUGGAAGAAGUUUUACUUGUCGUGCUGGUUUUUGAAUGGUGCACAUUUUGUGCUGUUUGGGUUUUUCUCUUUUUCCUUUCUGUUUAUUUGUAUUGUAUUGCUUUACAAUUCUGUGUUGCCUAGAUCUGCUGCAUGUACUGAACGACGUUUGGAAUAAAUGCUGUGUUAACUAAGCCGAGCUUUUAUAGGUAUUUGAAUUGCAUGAACAGCUCAUCUUUUUGUGACUGAUAAUCGCGCUUAGCCAUCUUAAUGUACACCGUGUCCACAGUUAGUAGUAUUAUGCCAUAGAAAGAGUGACUGUUUUUAGAAAAUUUGGAAAUAAAAGCCUUUGAUUUUC